AUGGCAACAGGGGAAGCAGAGGCCCUGCAGGGUGGCGCUGAGUUCAGGGCAAUCAUAGAGGUGCGGGUGAAGGAGUGGGUCAAGGACCACAAGAUGUUUGCCUCGACGCUCGCAGAGCUGGCAGGCCAGCUGGCGGUGCUGGAGCCGCCACCCCGCAGCAGCGGGGGGAGCGCCGCCACUAAGGGUCCCUCGGAGCUGCUGCAGCGGGUGAUGGCCCGGGCACCCAGCGACUGUCUGCAGUCCUACGUUGCUGGCACGCUGCCCACCACCCACAUGCAGCGCCAGCUCCCAGAGCAGCUGGACCAAAACCUGCGGCUGCUGAGCAUCCUGGCGGCCGAAAUGCGCAGCUUUGUGCAACAGCUGGAGCAGCUGACGGACGCCGCGGCGUCUGCUCUAGUCCAACCUGGAGAAAUUGCAAGCAGCAGCAGCGAUGAGGCGCUGCUGAUGGCUGCUGUGCUGGAUGGUGCCGGCAGGGAAACGCAGCUGAUUGAGAAGGCGGCUGAGGGCAUCACUCUGACCACGCCCGCUGAGGAGGUGUCGGCGGCAGCCACCGUCGUGCAGCUGGAGCCCUUUGUAGACGACACUUUGCUAGCUGCGCUGCGCGAGGGCCCAGAAGCAGGAACGUAG